AUGUCCUCCCCAAAAAACAUUAAAUCUAAUAAUAAUACUGAAAAGAUUUUAUCGAAAAGUAUCGAUGUUGCUGAACAAUUCAAUGAGUAUUUUACAACUAUUGGCCCCAAUCUUGCAGCAAAAAUAAUUUCUAACAAUGACUUUGAGCAUUAUCUCAAUGACAGUAAUCCAGCCUCAUUCUUUUUUCGGCCAGUCAAUGAAAAUGACAUUGCCAACGAAAUAUUUCGUUUGGAUCCCCAGAAAGCUAUGGGACAGGAUUGCAUACACUCCCGGCUUAUAAUUGACGCUGCUUAUCAUAUUUCUCGUCCUCUAGCACACAUUGCUAACUCUACCAUAACACAAGCUAUAUUUCCAGAUGCCCUUAAAGUUGUUAAAAUUAUACCAUUAUAUAAAAAGGGGUCAGCUUUAGAUGUUAGUGACUACAGACCGAUUUCAAUUUCACCUGUCCUUAGUAAGAUAAUAGAGUCUAUUAUUAACAAACAACUAAUGUCUUUCCUUGAUAAAUACAAUAUUCUUCUGCCAUCUCAGUAUGGGUUUCGGAAAAUAUUUAAUACAAAACUUGCCCUUGCCGAUUUAGUAUUUGAUAUUGUAGAUAAAAUGGAUGAAGGCUUUGUAACAUUUG